AUGAAGCGCUUCGUCGCGAAACCCAUUUCCAUCAAGCCGAUUUUUUUCCUCCACAACGCCUUCCUCUCCAUCGCUUCCCUCGUUGUCCUCGUCCUUUUCCUGGAGAUUCUGAUCCCCAACAUUUACAACCACGGUCUCCUGUGGGCCAUCUGCGACCAAGCGUCUUACAGCCACAGGAUUGAGUACCUGUACUACAUCAACUACCUGAUUAAGUACUACGAAUUCAUCGACACCAUCUUCCUGGUGUUGAAGAAGAAGAAGCUCGAAUUCCUUCACGUUUACCACCACUCCAUGACCAUGGCACUCUGCUUCUUCGAGCUGGAAGGAAAGACUUCCGUUUCUUGGGUUCCCGUCGUUCUGAACCUUUUCGUCCACGUCAUUAUGUACUACUACUAUGCCCGCACCGCGGUAUCGUCCAAGCCCGUUUGGUGGAAGAAGUACCUGACCACUCUUCAGAUCGUUCAAUUCGUCAUUGAUCUCGCUGCCAUCUACCUCGCCACCUACAUCUACCUCUCGUCCACCCACCUCGCCCACAUCCUCCCCAACUUCAACCUUGGAACGUGCUCAGGAACUCCAUUGGCUGCUGGAAUCGGCUGUGCCAUCUUGAGCAGCUACCUCCUCCUGUUUGUCCAGUUUUUCAUCAAAACUUACAACCGUGUCGGCAAGAAGGGAUCUAAGGGCGGCAAGGCUGCCACUGCCGGUGUUUCCGCUGCCAAGCAAGCGCUUUUGGACGCCGCGGAAAUCGACGAGCUCGUACCCGCGGUUCAAGGCGAACGGUCGGCGAGGAAGAGGGCCACCCGGAGGGCGGAUUAG